CCUCGUAUUGGUCUCGCCCCUGUCGCGGUGACGUCACGUCUGCAGUCCCUCUUCUUCUCCCGGUGGUCAGCCACUCUCCUCCUUUGAUGCUGCGGGUGCUGGAGAGGAACAUGAAGCUUCUGUUCGCUGCCGCCCUCAUCGCGGGCUCCGUCAUCUUCCUGCUCUUCCCUAGUGCGUCCGAGGCCGAUGAGAAGAAGAAGGGACCCAAGGUUACCGUCAAGGUGUACUUUGAUAUGAAGAUUGGGGAUGAUGAAAUCGGAAGAGUAGUCAUUGGCCUCUUUGGUAAAACUUGUCCCAAGACUGUUGAGAACUUUGUUGCACUGUCAACUGGGGAGAAAGGAUUUGGUUACAAGGGCAGCAAAUUUCACCGUGUGAUCAAAGACUUCAUGAUUCAGGGUGGAGAUUUCACUAGAGGAGAUGGUACAGGAGGUAAAAGCAUCUAUGGGGACAGGUUCCCUGAUGAAAACUUCAAGCUGAAGCACUUUGCUCCUUACUGGCUGAGCAUGGCAAAUGCUGGCAAAGACACAAAUGGAUCUCAGUUUUUCAUCACCACAGUAAAGACCUCUUGGCUAGAUGGAAAGCAUGUGGUGUUUGGUAAAGUGAUAGAAGGAGAGGAUGUGGUUAGAAAAAUUGAAGCCACAAAGACAGAUUCCCGAGACAAGCCUCUGAAAGAUGUGGUCAUCGUAGACUGUGGAAAAAUUGAGGUAGAGAAGCCAUUUGGAAUUGCCAAAGAAUAAUGGAGCCCACCAGGUCAGAAAACGCUCUUCCAUCACUGGAUCUGCCUGAGCUUGAGGAUCUCUUUACCAGUUGCCUUUGUUCAAGGACUGGCAUUCAGCUGUUUACCACCUAACCAGUACUGUGUAUUUAGCACUGGACUAAUCUGAAAGUGACCAAGACAAGUGACUGUUUAACAUCACUUAUUGGAACACCGUAAAUUGACUUGUACAUUCCACCCACUAAAUGUCCAAAAUUUUUAAAUUGGGAAUGAGAAAAGACCGUGACUAUGUAAAAUUCAUUGGAAUAAACCGGUUUCUAUAAAAUG